CCAGCUUCAAAGUUUUCACCUUUGGUAUCUACACGCUAUUAUAUCCACUUGAUCGCGCAGUACUAAUACAGUCUCACUUUCCUACAAUGCCUGGAGGCAUACACCCACCUUUGGCAGUGAUAUUGAGUUGGCCGACUCCAAACUAUGUCAACCCAACCACGCGACCGAAGACAGUACUCAUCACUGCCUGUAUAUUUGGACCUUUGACGACACUAUUGCUGCUCGCCCGGCUAUGGGUGAGGAUGCGGAUACAACGCAAUGUAGGAUGGGAUGAUUGGCUGAUGCUGGCUGCGAUCGUACCUAUCAUAGCCUUGACCGUGAUAUUCCCUUUAGUUACCGAAGUGUACGGGUUCAAUAAGCACGUUUGGGACGUCGAUCCACGAGUCUUUCCAACGCAACGCAAGUACGUUCUAGUCAUAGAAGUAGUGUUCUGCGUCGCGUCAGGCCUGAUCAAGAUAUCGAUACUUCUCUUCUACCGGCGCCUCUCCACCAACGCCGUCUCGAAGACCUUGAUCUGGUCCCUCAGAAUCAGCAUUGGCUUCAUCGCCAGCUACUCCGUCGCUUUCACCAUCGUCCCAAUCUUCAUCUGCAAUCCAGUAUCCGCCUUCUGGGACCAGGUGAAUCACGCCAAGAUCGCGAAGGGAUACAAAUACACAUGCCUAAACGAAGGCGCCGAUGUCUUCGCCGCCGGUGUGAUUGCCGCAGCACAAGACCUCAUCACAGCGAUCCUCCCAACCUUCAUCUACUGGAAACUCCAAAUGCCAUUCCGACAAAAGGUGUUGCUGUUCUGUAUCUUCGCGAUAGGAUACGGCGUCGUUGCACUGUCUGCGCUUCGCGCCUACGCCUCGUGGCGCAUCUUCUUCAGCACGUACGACGUCACUUGGGUGGCGGGCGACAAUUGGCUGUGGACCAUGCUGGAACUGCACAUCGGAGCAAUGUGCGCGAACGCCCCUGCGCUGAAGGUGUUCUUCACGAGGUUCCUUCAGCUCGACAGGCUUGGUUCGCGAUCGAAAUCGCGCUCGACCGCGUCCAAGCAGAACAGUGGGAAGAGCAGCAACCAGUACCGUGGGAAGUCGGGCGGGAAGAUUUUUGAUAUGUUUGGGAGCUCGAAGAAUAGUGGCUAUCUUUCGGAACCGCAUACGGAUGUUUCGGUCGAUAUGCAUGGCGGUGUUCAGAGGAGCAGGGGACAGGAUGAGAGACCCCGGUCUACGACUGACACAAUUGACAUCUUCCUCGGUCGGCGGGAGGACGAUGUAGAGUUGGGGAGUAUGAAGUCGUUUGUGACGCGGGAGGAGGAUUUACAGGCUCUGCCGCCUUUCCCUUCGCGAGCCGCGAGGAAUUAUCCCGAAGGGGGAGCAGGAAUGUGAAAGCUCAGAGUAUGCAAAAUAUCCGUUUCAUCAAGCUUUGGAGCCUCGUUUACUUUUCUGUUUUUGAUACCAAGUGCCACCACGAAAGAUUCGUAACGAUCGUUUAGUAAUGAUAUUCCAUCUAACG